UUUUCUCACGACAGUCGCAUUUAAUUUACGUCAUGAAUCUGAACAGCUGAUCGCCAGUCGUCGGCUAUGCGCCACACGUUGACAACACACCACACGAGUUUCACCUUGUUGUGAAGUUACUUGGACAGUGUGAACCUCAGACAGCUCUGCGGAAAUGCCGAAGUACUGCUCGGUACCGAACUGCAGGAACGAGUCUGGGCCCGGCGGAGACCGGAAGAGCUUCUACAAGUUCCCUCUGCAGGACCCGGCCCGGCUGCAGCAGUGGCUGAGCCACAUGAGGCGGGGGAACUGGACCCCCUCUCGACACCAGUAUAUUUGCCAUGAGCAUUUCACGCCUUCAUGCUUCAAGGUGCGAUGGGGCAUCCGUUACCUCGAGAGCGACGCAGUGCCCACCCUCUUCCAGGAGGUGGAAGUAAAACACACGGCUGAGUCUCAAAAUAAACGGGAAGCCACAGAUCACAGUGAGAGGAAGCCGAAACAGCUUCGAGCUAACAGUCAUCAAAGCACGGCAGUGGAGACGGACUGCACGUUACAAACGCUACACCUGUACGAGAUCACUGCGGACCCGCACCAGAGGGGGGAAACCAACCUGGUGGAGCUAAGUGAUGUUGGAGAACCUGGGCGCUCAGACUUAACCGGGGACGGAUUCCAAACGGCAGCUAAUUUCCCGUUAACUUUAUUCCAGACGGUAAAUGACGUGAGUAACAGCGGAGAAGUGGUGGUGAUGUCUGAGGGCCCUGCUGCUGAAGGGCAGGAGGAGCUCCUGAGUGGAAUCACCGCUGCACUUUUAACUCAGGGCCACGGGCUGGUCAUGAACGUCUCCACACUGGGCUGUUCAGGUGAGGGUGUAGCCCCCCUCGGGGUUGAAGGUGUGACUUGUGCCACAGAGGAAAUCACCGGAGGACAUGAAACUCAAGUCAUCGCUUACUUUGAGGCGAUACCAAGCGCUCUCCCUGCAGAGAACCCCGCCUUGCCCUCCUUAUCCCCGGACACUGUGCUGUCCUCCGCUCUGAGCUCCAAGCCCAUCUCUUCCACUCUGCCCAUAGUGUCCAAACACCAGCCCCCCUCCCCCAUGUCCCUGGUCCUCACCAUGGAGAGACAGGACACAGAUGAGGGAGACGACGACAUGUCAGAAGAGGACGUCACAGAGCAGCAGCUAGAGGAGCACUGCUACCAUAAGAACAGUCUGAGUAAGGAGCAGUUGGAGGCCAUCGUGUCCGAGCUGCAGAAGAAGGUGAAGGUGCUGCAGCAGAGACACCGCCGACACCUGGAGAAACUCCUGGGCCUGGAGAACACAGUCAGCCAGCUGAGGCAGAACAACCUGCUGAACGAGGAGAGGCUCCAGCUGCUGGAGAAGGUGAACUAUUACACAAAAUAAGUCCAGAUUUUA